AGAGUAAGGAGACGUAUCUCCAUAGAUUGAAAGUGGUCAUGAAAAAUGUUCCGUAUGUGGCCAGGUUCGCCAAAUGGAAUAACUUGGACCAUUUCGUCGCCAUCUUGAAUAUCGUAUAUAUAUAUAUAUAUAUACAGCGAUACGAGAGAGUGAGUUCCGUUUUCACGCAUGAUGCACAUGAUGCGUGAAAUCGAUACUUAAGAUUAAACGUAGCUCGUGUGUACGAGAUCUUGUUCUUUCUUUCGGUUCCUGUCGCGUCGGUGACCCCCUCUCGGUAAAGGACCGUCUGCAUUGGAAGUAAGCAGUAAGAACACUGGUCCAGCUGCGCUCUAAUUCACCGAGAGUACCCUAGUAGCACAGUGCAUUGGAUAAACAUUGGCCCAAUAUUUGGUUGUAUUGGGCCAAUGUUUAACCAAUGCCAAUUCCUACCGAUCCCAUCGGCCACAGUGCAGCUGCGAAUCCUCAGUCGACGCCCGUAUCGAACGUAGAAACAAGCCCGAGGCCGGUAGCUUCCAACAAAGAUGAGCGUACGACAAAUGAAUCUACGAAAGUGCCAGCCGCGGUCACUCCGCCACCAACCAAGCCACCUACUACGACCAAGCCAACCACAACCAAGCCAAUUACAAUGCCUGCGCCGCACACGACACCGCUUCCUCCACCGAACCUGGGGUGAUGGACCUGCCCGACAAUAGCACUACAACUACGGGGGAAUGUGGUAAAACCGAGCAGAACCUGACGUUGUCGUGGCCAUCGCCGAACGAAAGCAUUCAGAAUAAUUUCACCAUUCAUUUCGUAAAGAAUGAGACGAAAAAGGAUUACACUCUUCAUCACUUUGAGAUCUCUCUCGCGGCCGCAGAAUUCCCCAACGCUAAAAUAAAUAGUACGCUGACUGUGGAACAUGUGACGCCGCAAUUUACAACUGGAUUAACCAAUUCGUACAGAUGUAUCAA